AUGGCUAAUUCAAGGGUCUUCUUCUCUGACCUCAAGGAGAACGGCGAUCCAUUUUGUGGAAUGGUUGAGGUGGUGGAGGAAGUCCAAUCUAAUCGCAAGGAGAAUGGCGAAUCCAGUUCUAAACCGAUUGAAGACGAGAGUUUGAAGAUGAUGUGUACAUUGCCGCGGCUUAUGGUGAUUUGGAGAAGCUUGGUUGAGUGUGAGGGUCGCUCUAUUUCUAAGCCUGAUGGUUUUGGCUAUUAUGCUCUUCAGUGGUUUGCAUUAAACAACCGCACAGCCGUUACUCUUCGAGAGACAAAACGGAAGCUACAAUCAUAAUUAAGUCAAAUCAACAAGGAACCCAACUUCAAGAAUCUACUCUUCAAUUGGCUCCAUACACUCCGAACUGAAGAAAACAAAGUCAUUGAUGAGACCAGGGAGAUAGAUAUCAGACUUUUAUAUCUCACAAGAUGGAUGAAGAAGAAGAAAGUGACUUGCAUAUGAAUGAAGCAUUCUACUUACUUGAGAGGUCGAUAUGUGCUUUGUGGUUAGCUGAUUUUGCAUUGUCUGGCGAGAUUGUUGGCAAUCUUAUUGAACCGAAUCCUGAGAUCUUUAAGUGCCCUCCUCUAUUCAGCAAAAUAUUUCUCGCACCUUAUGAGUAUGAACCGAAUCCUGAGAUCUUUACCAAAAUUUUCAAAUGUUAAGAAAAGAAC